UAUAAUCUCUCCGCUUCUCUCUCUCCGUCGAAUCUUGCGAAGAACAAGGCUUCAAAUGCCGCAUUUUAUCCUCAUCAUCACUAUAUUAUCCAUUUCAAUUCUUUCUAUAUUUCAACCAUCAUCAUCUCUAAAGAUCGGUGAAACAUGUUCUAUGGACGGCAACCAAUGCGACGCCGGAUUGCGGUGUGGCACAUGCCCGGCUAGUGGCAAUACCCGUCCCAGAUGCACUCGGAUCCAACCGAUCAGUCCUACUUCGAAGGUGAAUGGGCUUCCGUUUAAUCGGUAUUCAUGGCUAACGACACAUAAUUCGUAUGCGCUUUCGGGUUCUAAAUCCCCUAGUGGGUCUCCGGUGCUUGGCCCGGCUAACCAGGAAGAUGAUGUAUCGUCGCAACUACGUAAUGGUGUUCGAGGGCUAAUGCUGGAUAUGUAUGACUUCAAUAACGACAUCUGGAUGUGUCAUUCCUUCGGUGGCAGAUGCUACAACAUAACAGCAUAUCAACCAGCGAUCAAUGUGCUAAGAGAGGUUCAAAAGUUUUUAGAAGCAAAUCCUAGAGAAAUUGUCACCCUUUUCAUCGAGGAUUAUGUCACAUCCCCAGAUGGAUUGAACAAAGUUUUUAGUGCAUCUGGCCUCACCAGAUACAUGUUUCCGGUGAGUCAGAUGCCCAAAGACGGUGGCGAUUGGCCAACGAUCACCGAUAUGGUCCUCCAGAACCAACGCCUGGUUGUCUUUACAUCCAAAUCUGCAAGAGAAGCAUCUGAGGGUAUCGCUUACGAGUGGUCAUUCGUAGUAGAAACCCAAUAUGGAACUGAGGGUCAGGUUGCGGGUUCGUGUCAUAACCGGUCUGAAUCUUUGGCAAUGAACACGACAUCACGAUCACUUGUUCUUCAGAACUACUUCUCUACUAACCCUAAUGUGACCGGAGCUUGUAUCGAUAACUCCGGUUCACUGAUCUCGAUGAUGAAAACAUGCCAACAAGCCGCUGGCGGGCGGUGGCCGAACUUUAUUGCUGUUGAUUUCUACCAGAGGAGUGAUGGCGGAGGAGCACCAGAAGCCGUGGAUGUAGCCAAUGGUUAUCUGACAUGUGGAUGUCCGAACAUUGCAUAUUGCAGGAUGAAUGCACCGUUCGGGACAUGUGAUAUUCCAGUUCUUUCACCUCCGCCACCUGCGCAGGUACAGACAAGCCCAGACAGCCCAGACGGGUCAUUUGGAGGUUUCGGGGGCUUUGGUUUCGCGACACAUGCAUCGGCUCAACCACGGUGGUUUUAUUUGGCUAUUUUAACUACAUUGAUCAUGUUAUUAGUAAUGUAAAUUUAUGUAGCACCAAUAGCCUUUCUUUAGUCUCGAUUGAUUGUUAUGAUGCAUAGAGGUGCUUAUUAGUUUAAGUUAUUGUGUAUGAUAAUUUUUAAAUUAUAAAAUUAAAU